AUUCUUCCAACAGCAACACAACACCCGAACACCCCAAACAUCUCCCGCCCCACACACAACGACAACAACGAAACAAGGUCGUCAUCCUGGGCCUCGCUGCUCCCACCUCCAACAACAGCAACAACAACCUACAUCCCUGCGAACCAGCCAGUCAGGCAGCUUGCCAGCCAGGCAGAAGGCAGCGAUCAAAUGACAGACUCGCAGGCGUCGUCUCCAAACGGAAGCUCUGUGCCUUCGUCCCCAGAGGAAGAUGCCCCUUACAUCGCCAAGAUUCACGUGCACAGCGCAAACCACCUCCUGGCAAAGGAUCUCAAUGCGACCUCUGACCCCUUUGUGAGGGUGUUCUUCGACGAUGAGCUCGUCGGGCGCACUCAGACCAAGAAAGGUGACCUCAACCCCGUGUGGAACGCAGAGUUCUCCGUCCCCAUCCACACGCUGCCCGCCCCCGGCAGCCGGGAGCCCGCGUUCAAGUUUGAAGUCCGCAAUGAGUACAAGUUUGGCAAGAUGACGGGACAGAUUCAGAACAUCGGCAAGCACGCCUUCCUGGGACAGGUUGUGCUGCCGCUCUCCCGCUUUAUCGGUGUUGAGAACCAAAGCAUCCGCCAGGAAUACACACUGGAGAAACGUUCCCACAAGUCACGCGUUCGUGGCAGCCUCCUGCUUACCAUCCAAGUCAUCAGCAAAGACGACGCCGACAACUACCAGCUGCCAGCCAACAUGCCAGACGAUGUGCUCGAGUCUGCCCGACGACGCAGUCACCUCAGCGUGGGCGAAAUGGCCGAGCUCUCCCGCGCCCUCCACGGCGGCCACCUCAAGCCGGGCAAAUACACCCUGCGUAUCCAGUUCCAGAAGGCGUUCAAAGUGCCGAUGGUCGACAAGCACCGUGCCAUAUCCUUCCACUUCCGCGUUGUUGCCAACCACAUCAAGGCAAAAUCGCAGGAGUUUGAAAUUCCAUUUGGCGACGCCGCGCCAGAGGAUAUCAACCUCACCUCGGAGCCAAUCAGCCUGCCCAUCAACAUCAUUGCGUCCGUACCACCGCCGUUCCUGAAAGUGUAUCUCAUCAUCACCACCUCCAUCUCCACCCACCUCACCCUCGGCCAAACUAGCAUCUCCCUCGGCCUCAUACCAGUGGUUGAGCAAGAGGCCGAGGAAGAGCUUGAGCGCAUCGUUCCCGUCGAUCUCUACGUCGAGAAGAAGAAACUGACCAUCGUCCCGCCCUACAUGAAACUCAGAUCGCAUGGCAGCAUCUGCAUGCUUCGAUUUUCUGCGUGGCUGGUGCGUGAAAUGGCGAUGGAUAUGGAGGAGGACUACGACGCCUCAGACGAACUUCAGUCCGACGAAGAAGAUGUUCCCGAGAUCAUUUCAAGCACGCCGCGCCCUGAUCAGCUCCCGGAGCCAUUCGAGUGGGAUCUCGCUUCUGUCGAAGUCAAGGGAUCGGUGCACCGUGCAAAUCGGCUGAUGUUUGAUGAGUCAUCGCCGGUGCUGCGGGCGAUGUGCGAGGAGAAGCGAUUGACAGAGCUGUCCUUUACGCCGUGGACGGAAGACGGGCAGCGCGAGUUCUCAUACCUCAUCCCCAAGUCAUCCGUUGUCCAGGCAAACCAUGCGUGCGAGUACCAGAAGUACCUUGUCCGCUGCCAAGAUGCAUAUGUAAUGGAGAUUGAGACGAAAACGCCCGAAGUGCCCUAUGGAGCUGACUUUGUGACGCAGCUGCGCAUCUUCCUGCUCCAGGAUGGCCCGCGUGUGAAUGUUCGCGCAACUGGCCGUAUUGUCUUCUCCAAGAACGUGUUUCUCAAGGGCGUCAUCACACGCAGCGCAAAGGCCGGAAUGACAGCCACGUACAAGAUGUAUCUGAAGCACCUGCAAUCCGCGUUUGCACCGCGCAGGAAGAAAGGCGACCAAGCAACUGCUGUUCCAGGGACUGUUGAGGAGGCGACAACGGAAGAGGAGGCAAAAUCAAAAUGGCUGUCGUUCCUUCCGCGCCCAACCAUCAUCAUUGCUUUUCAGGCUACCAUCAUCGUGAUAUUGCUGGUUGUACUUGCCUUUCUGUGGUUCAAUAAUCAUGACCUUGCUGGCCGCAUCGCUGAGCUCGAAGGGCUUGUUGAGGGACGUGUUGAUCGGUCGACAUCUGGUGCAACGGCCUCAAAGGAUGAGCUGUAACGACUCUUGGUCAGAUUCUGGCUGCUCCUCUUCGUUUCCUGCCAUCGCCUGCUCUGAUUGACACCAACAGGAACAACUACAUGCAAUGCAGUGUUGGCGCGUUCCUGUCUGAUGCGUCCUGUAUCAUGUGAUGUGAAUAGCGCCGAGCUGUAGUAGCGUGUCGCUGCACCACUAUUUUGUUUUGUUGCUUGUUCGUGUGCCUUUCGCUCAAAGAUCGUCAUCGUCUUGUGGCUGUGUUUUGUUGAGUUACGACCCACUGUGACUGACGUUCGUUAUAUCACGUCUUUUGUUUCGUCUCCUGGUUAUCUCGCACCAUAAACGCCCAACUUCCUUUGUCGAG